AUGAUUACAACAGUCGUAUCACCGAUGGUUACAUUACAGUCAGCCCCAGUUGUUUACACAACUACAUAUAAUGUAGUACCGCAAACGGUUGUCUAUACUUUUCCUCAAAGCAUACCAAUUAUCAAAAACAUUCAAGUUAUCCCGGCUCCCCAGGUUUGCCUUAGCUAUGCCUAUACUUCUCCCGUAACAGUAAUAAUAUAA